GAUAGCAACUUUUACGGCAGCUUUGCGGAGAUUGGUGCGGGCCAAGAGGUAUCGCGCACGUUUCUGCAAGCGGGCGCAGCCGCGGGCACGGUGGCAAGGUCCAUUUCUGCCUAUGACAUGAAGAUGUCGGAUUUGGACUAUGGCAAGGCCAAGCGCUAUGUCACACGCGAGCGAGUCGAGCAGAUGCUGAACACUGAGUAUGAUGUGGUGGAGAAGAAUCUGCGUGGCACCAAAGGCGAGGAGGCUCGAUUCUUUGCUUUCGCCACCACGCUGGCAGCGAAGGCAUACAUGUCUGACCGCGAAUGCGAAGGCUCGGCAAACGUUGAUGUGGAGGGAAUAGCUUUGCGAAGGAUUCAAAACGUAACGUACUGA